AGGAAGACUCCACAACAACACCAACAUACGUCGCGGUACGAAUUAACAUCGAUUUCAUAAAAAAUGCCCAGAUUGCAAGACAAAAUGGACACUCGAGCCUUGAAGAAUCACUAUCCUGACUAUGAUGGGAGGACGCAGUCGCUUUUUGACUCCCAAGGCAAGCUGACAUCGGAGUUUUCCCAGCAGCUGACGAGCAAGAUCGAGGAGCUGUUAGCCGUCAUGGAGAGCGGCUUGAAGUCAGCUGACCCGAGAAACUGCACCAGUUACACUGGCUGGGCAGGCAUCGCACUGCUCUACCUGCACCUCCACCGAGUUUUCAAGCAGGAGACGUUCCUCCAGAAGGCUGUCGAACACGUCAGCCGCAGUCUGAAGUGCCUGACCCGUCGUGAUGUCACCUUCCUUUGUGGUGACGCGGGGCCGCUGGCUGUCGCCGCCGUGGUCUACCACCGACUCCAGAGGGCAGGGGAGGCCGACGAGUGUAUCACCCGACUGCUGCAGUAUCACCAGACUGUUGUGAAGGGUUCGAGUGGGCUGCCUGACGAGCUUCUCUACGGUCGAGUUGGUUACCUUUACUCUCUAAUCUUCAUCAACCAGCAGCUUGGCACCAACAGAAUCCCGUUGCAGCACAUCCAGCAGAUCAGUGAGGCCAUCUUGGCUUCAGGUGAGCACCAGAGCAGGAAGCUUCGUGUCCACAAUCAGAGUCCCCUCAUGUAUGAGUGGUACCAGGAGCAAUAUGUCGGUGCAGCCCACGGACUGGCUGGGAUCUACUACUUCCUCAUGCAGCCAGGGUUCGUUGCGGCUGAGGAGAACAUUCACAGACUGGUCAAACCCAGCGUCGACUAUGUCUGCCGUCUUAAGUUCCCCUCUGGAAAUUACCCUCCCUGCAUCGGGGAUGAUCGCGACCUGUUGGUGCACUGGUGCCACGGAUCCCCGGGUGUCGUCUAUAUGCUCCUGCAGGCACACAGUGUGUUUGGUGAUUCUCAUUAUCUGGAGGAUGCUCUGCAGUGUGGCGAGGUUGUGUGGCGGUGGGGCUUGCUGCAGAAAGGCUACGGGCUGUGUCAUGGCGCGGCUGGGAAUGCUUACACAUUCUUGGCUCUGUACCGUCAAACACGGGACGCCAAGCACCUUUACAGAGCCUGCAUGUUUGCAGAUUGGUGCAUCAACUAUGGCUCACACGGCUGCAGGACACCAGACACGCCCUUCUCACUUUUUGAAGGCAUGGCAGGUACCAUCUACUUUUUGGCCGACCUUCUGCAGCCAACACAAGCACGCUUUCCAGCCUUCGAGGUGUGAAGCCCUCGACCACAAGCCUGCAGGUAGAUGUCCCGCUGUGACCCGACAAGAUGUUAUUUUUCCUGCUCUUGCUCUGCUGGGAAUUUCUCAACAGUAACAAACACAUGUCAGCUCCUAGUAAAUCAAAACAAAAUUUACGGAUUUUUCUUUGUUUUUGUUUUUUUGUUUUUUUGCAGCUCGAAGUCUUAUGUUUAUUACGCCCAGUUCAAUAUCACUAUUGUAUCCUUUGCACUGUCCGAGCAAUAAAUCAUCUGAUUCUUCACACAA